GUCCCUGAGCGCGGACACGCACUACGCUGAGGCAGAGAAGAGUUGUCUGCCUGUUCACCGAGGCUCCUGGGAUUCCACAGAACAGACGGGCAACUGGAGAAGCCAGGACCAUUACAGCUCACACAGGACGCAGCUCUUUUUGUUUGGAUUAUUUCCUGCUUUGCCGCUUUGAGCUUCACGCAGGGCAGUGAGUGCGGGGACACAUCACGUUGAUCUUUUUCAUAGUUUACUUUUGGUUUAUUUCGACACUUGUAUUGUUCAGUAUCGUUUAUUGACACCCGCUUUUGUUUCCUUAUUCGACUCAGAAUGGAACUUUUCUUUUGUUUAUAAUCAUGUUUGUACAGAAGGGGUAGUUUCUUUAUACUUGUAGAGUUUUAUUCCUUAGUUAGUUGGACUUUUUGAACUGUUUGGACAGAUGAUGAUAAGCUCCGAGGGCCUUAGGCCAUCUUCCAACGGCCGGAAGCCGCUUGGGAAGCUCGCGUCGCGGCUGGAGGAGGUAAAGAACCCUUGGCGACAGGGCUCCACUCUUGAACUAAGCCACAAUGAAGCUGCGCGCCUGGCCACGGACGCACUGCUUGAGCACGGGGAGAAAGAGUACCGCCGGGUUUUGGCUGAGGAACGGGAGGUUACGUUUUUAUCCCCUUUGGAGAUCCGGUAUAUCACGCAGCACGCUGCCAAAACAAGUUUGGACUCCAACGGUACCGGCCCCAACGACCGGGACUUUGGGGAUGGGGAUGCAGUAUCGGAGCUCACCUCGGGGACGUAUUUCCCCAUGAUGUCAGACGAGGAGCCCCCUAUGCUGGAGCUGGGUUGGCCCGAACCGCCUGCCCGCUAUGGACCGUCAGAGACGCAGAUCUACUUCCAGAGAGACAAGUCCCAUAAUGUAAAGGAUCUAAUAAGGUCACUUAUCAACAAGGCAAAGAAGGUGAUAGCGCUGGUGAUGGAUGUCUUCACUGACGUGGACCUGUUGUGUGACCUCAUGGAGGCGUCAAACAAGCGGAAGGUGCCAGUGUACAUUCUGCUGGACGAGAAGAACCUGAGCUCUUUCACAGACAUGUGCUCUGCACUGGACAUCCAGAACUCGCAUCUGAGUCACAUGAGGAUUCGUAGUGUUUGUGGAGACACAUACUGCACCAAAAGUGGCAAGAAAUUCACAGGUCAAGUGCUGGAGAAGUUCAUGAUUAUUGACUGUGAGGAGGUCAUCGCUGGGUCAUACAGCUUCACCUGGCUGUCGGCGCAGGUGCACAGUAACAUGGUGAUGCAUUUCUCAGGCCGAAUCACAGACAGUUUCGACCGAGAGUUUCGUUGUCUGUACGCCGACUCUCAGGUCAUCGACUGUUUCUUCAACCCUGAGGACGAGGGCAUGCCCUACUACCCCUCAUACCAGGCUAUGAUGCCAGGCAUGGGCCUCAACUUGGGGCUGGGGCCAGUUAUGGGGAUCGACCUUCUCUCUGACAGCCGGCAAAGAGACAGGGUGUGCUCGGAGAAUUCCAGUAGCCAGUCUAGUAACAGUGUGUCCAGUGUGAAGGCAGCACCAGGAAUGACUACAAACAACAUCUACAAGGUCACACAAGCUCAUGAAAAGAAGGAAUCAAACAACAGUUCCCACAAGAGCCCAGAGAGAAGAGGUGGACAGACCCCGACUAACCAAAACCCCAUUACUCCAGUGACACGUGUCAAUGGUGCAGCCAAUCACAGUCCAUCUUCAGAGAGGCCAUCACAGAUCUAUCAGCCCAUGGGAAUCGAGUGGAGCAAGAGCAGUCCUGUGGACUUAAUGCGCUCCAACAUUGGAGGAGCUUCUUCCAAAUUCCAGGCUCUGGGUUUGUACGAGCACAAGCCCACUCUGUUCCACAACAGUGGAUAUGCGUCCAACACCCCAAACACUAAUCUAAAUUCAAAGGCUCCCACCCCUACCCCUACCCCCAUUGCAGACCCGAAAAUCAAUUCCAAACAGCGCAAUUCAUCCAACCAGUUCCUUAACAAACUGUCAGACCUCUUCGUGCACCCUUCCAGCAAAGAUAAAGACAACUAUGGCUACCGCAGGUCUCCCUCUCCCCUAGCCCCGAUACCCUGGGUGGGCCCGGACCUGUCCCAGACUGAGCCUGAGAGCCAGCAAAGCCCCCCUCCCCCACCCUCACCAGGUGUCCUCAUGAACCGCCAGGAUCUGAAGCGCAUGACUCUGGGACACAGCAAACUGGACCUUGUCAACCAAUACAACAAGAUGAAGUCCAAAAAUGUGUACAGUCGAUUUGAGCUAAAGAGCAGCAACUGAUCCUCACAUUACACAAUAUCUGUGUAAAGAGUCACUAUAUUGUUAGUUUUGAAAGACCUGAUAUAGGCCUACUUUACAAACCUCACAUGCAGUUGAACUUUUAUGUUUACAGAAUAUGAUCUUACUAUUUGAGUUAAUAUGAAAGGAUCUAUCUGUAUCUUCUCCAUGAAAGAGACAAAAUACGACAUGCACUUGGCAAUUUUAAGAAUUUCUACUAGUUUUAAAUUAAGGUAGGACAACAGAAGAACAUUGUAUUGUUUACAAGGAUUAUUAUGUAUGAUUAUUAAUCUGUAAUUGUUAAGGUUUCCUGGGACAGGAUAUACAAGUCAGUGUGCUGAAUGAAUCCAUUCACUAAUGGGACAAAGGUGCCCGUUAACAUUACACAGCAGACUGUAGUGUUGUGUGAAAGUGUUAUUUGGGUUGGAGAGUAGUCUGUGUUGUGCUGUAUUUAACUGUCAGCUUUAACUGUGAGUGCUAACAUACCUUUCACAGUCCGACUUCGAAAGAGUAUCUUUAACUUGAACAUACCUUUACUUUCAUGAUCAUUUAUUUGACUAAGAUUUACACUCCAAGGAAAACUCUUCCUACAUUGGUGCCUUCUUUACUCUGCCUUAAGAGUGAUUCUCUCUGGCCUCCCAUAUGGGAGACAUAGCACCUUGUACAUACAUCACACUCCUGGUGCUUUUUGCUUCCUAACAGUUGUAUGGAAGUUUUUGUAAAUAUGAAUAUGCCAAGCUCUUUAAGUGACAAUAUGAGAUGAUUGAGAAAAUAUUUGAAUAACAGUUUUGAAUAAGAUGUUUCUUACAAUGGAUUGUUGUGAUAGUGUACAGUUUACUGUGGUGAUUUUACACUUAAAUUUAUAUUUAUCCUGCAUUGAAAUCAUAAUUGGCAUAUGCUAAAUAAGUAAUAUAUGCAAUUAUCAGUGAAAAUAGUGACUGCAGGAGACUAACUCAAGAGACUCUGCACUUGGGCUGUGCAGAAAAAGUUUUCACUUUUGAGACGCACAACAGCUAUUGCAACUGAAGCAAUAAGCACAUUCUGCAUCAUGUAGAAGUGUGGAGUGUUUUGUCAAUAAAGACAAAUGUGUAUACAGUGCAUAUUGUACAUGACAUACUUUAUAGAUUCUUUAUAGGCACAUUUGGGUUUACAGAAUGUCAAAGAACUUCUGUUUUGAUGCAAAUUCAUUCUUCUAUUCAGUUGAAAAUGUGAAUGUAAAGUUCUAUGUAUAUAUGACCUUACUUUUGAUGAAUUAAAGUUAUAUAAAAUAUAAAA